AGGCUGACCUAAAACUGCGUUUUUUCUAAACAUCAUGGGAGAGAUUAAAGUCUCUCCUGACUAUAACUGGUUCAGAAGCACAGUUCCUCUUAAAAAGAUAAUAGUAGACGAUGAUGACAGUAAAGUCUGGUCGCUGUAUGAUGCGGGACCUAGGAGCAUUCGGUGCCCACUCAUCUUUCUCCCUCCUGUAAGUGGAACUGCAGAUGUGUUUUUCCAGCAGAUUUUGGCGCUGACUGGAUGGGGCUACAGAGUUAUCACCUUGCAGUAUCCGGUGUACUGGGAUCACCUCGAGUUCUGUGAUGGAUUCAGAAAACUGUUAGACCACCUUCAGCUGGAUAAAGUUCACCUUUUUGGAGCUUCUCUGGGAGGCUUUCUGGCUCAAAAAUUUGCUGAAUACACACACAAAUCUCCAAGAGUUCAGUCUCUGAUCCUGUGUAAUGCCUUUAGUGACACUUCUAUCUUCAAUCAGACAUGGACAGCAAACAGCUUUUGGCUGAUGCCUGCUUUUAUGCUGAAAAAAAUCGUCCUUGGGAAUUUUGCGUCCGGUCCUCUAGAUCCUGAAAUGGCCGAUGGGAUCGACUUCAUGGUGGACAGGCUGGAGAGUCUGGGCCAGAGCGAGCUCGCUUCAAGACUUACCCUCAACUGCCAGAACUCCUAUGUAGAACCUCAUAAAAUUCGAGACAUCCCUGUCACCAUUAUGGAUGUGUUUGACCAAAGCGCGCUUUCGACUGAAGCAAAAGAAGAAAUGUAUAAGCUUUAUCCUAACGCCAGAAGAGCUCACCUCAAAACAGGAGGCAACUUCCCGUACCUCUGCAGGAGCGCUGAGGUCAACCUCUAUAUCCAAAUCCAUUUACUGCAGUUCCACGGCACCCGGUACGCUGCCAUCGAUCCCUCCAUGGUCAGCGCAGAAGAGCUCGAAGUCCAAAAGAUCCGUCUUCACACCAGCAAUGAGCAAGAAGAGCAGUAGGCUCUGGAGUGCCGGUGAAAAUGAGGAAUGGGUUUGGUGGUCUUCCUGUGCACAAUCAGCUGUUCCCACUCUGCCUUUUUUCCUUGCGUUAGCGCCGAUUAUCACUGUGUGACUCCGAGAGGAUCAAUAGUCAGUGAACUACCCAUGGACAGUAACCUCCAGCAGUGUAACGGGAUAGAUCUGUUUAAUUUUUAGUCUUUGAAUUCAAGGAAGCAUCUUUGAAGACUACAGUUUUAAAAACAAAGACAUUUUUGCUACCAAAGUCUUCACUAUCAUGUUCUUAAGCAGAACAGUAUUUCUUUUUAUAUUUGUCACUCAGCUGUAUAUAUUGCCACAUGCAGAUCACGUACUUAGAAGCUGACAUAUAUUUUUGUUGAAUAUUUGGUUUAAAAGAUGUUUAAGUGCCAAUGUUGCCAUCACUUAUUUGCUUCAUUUGUUGUGUUGUAAGUUAGUUUCUAUUUGAAAUAAAGCGUUUGAAUUUUUAUCUUUCUUGCUGCUUAAAAAUGAUUUUCAAUAAAACUUCAAUUUCA